AUGGCCGGUUCCGUCACCGCGACGUCGGCGGCUUCCUCCACCGUCACCUCCUCCGCUCCCUCCUCCUCGCUCGGCCCUUCCCCUUCCCACCACAUCCUCGAAAUCAGGCUCAUCUCCGCCCAAGACCUCGCCUCCGUGUCCAAAUCCCAACGCUCCUACGCCAUCAUAUGGGUCAACCCGAGCAAGAAACGGAGCACCAGCAUUGAUUCCAAAGGGCAAACGAAUCCCACGUGGAACCACAAGUUUACCUUCCGGGUCGACGAGGAUUUCCUCGGGUCCGACGAGUCCGCGGUGAACGUGGAGAUCUAUUCCGUUUCCUGGUUCCGAGACGUCCUUAUCGGGACGGUUCGGAUAAACGUGAAACACCUUCUCGCCCCCCCAACGCGGAGCAUUACUCAGGAGGGGAACAAAAACGAGCGGUUCAUGGCUCUCCAGAUCCGCCGCCCCUCCGCCGACCCUCAGGGGAUGCUCAACAUGGGAGUCGCGCUUUUCAACUCCGCCUCGCGCAGCAAACCAAUAUACAGCGAAGUUAGCGGCGCCUCGUCGGAUUACCGAGAUUUAUUGGAGAAGAAAAUGAACACGUUUUCCGCCGGCGAGUUUUCGGUCUGCAACGGAUCCGCCGUUCACGGCGGAUCCGAGGUUUGCUCCGAUAUCGGGCCGUCGGCGUCCGUGGUGGCGGCGGAGUUGAUGAAAUCGAAUCCGCCGCCACCGCCUGCGGCGGCGAAAACGGCGGAGCCCGCCCCGAAGGGCGGCGCGUGUGGGGAGAGCUUGAUACUGGAGGAACUCACGGCGGAGGAAGCGGCGGCGAAAGGGAUGACGAAACAACCGGGAGUGAAGAAGAAGGGACGCCUAGUUUCGUGCUUCGGAAACGCUGAUGGUUUUGAGGUCACCAUUGUUUGCGGCAAAAGGAAAAAACAGAAAAACGAUUAA